AUGUACCAAUCAUCUUCCUCCACGUCAUCAUCGUCACAAAGAUCAUCGCUCCCCGGCGGUGGAGGCGGUGGCGCAGGACUGAUCCGAUACGGGUCAGCUCCUGGAUCGCUUCUGAACUCUAUGGUGGAUGAAGUCAUUGGAGGGUCAAACGGUCGAGACUUCAACUAUCCACCGCCGGAUAACUUCCUCGGUGAUUUCUUCGCCGGAGCUGAUUCUUCCUCGCUGAGAUCCGAGUCCAUGACUUGCGGAGUCAACUCAUCCGACGGCCAAAAACAUCUUGUCAACAACAACAACAACAAUAGUAAUAAAGAUUUGCUCCUGGACAGAUCCUACGGUGGAUUCAACGAGAUCUCACAGCACAAGAUCAACAACCACGUCGGAGGAGGAGGAAGUAGCUCUGGAUCUUACUCUCUAGCUAGACAACGUAGCUCUCCUGCUGACUUCUUCAGCUACCUCUCCGGUGAAAAAAACAACUUCUCGUUGAACCAACCAACCAGUGAUUAUAAUCAGCAAGGAGGGUCUAAUGCAGGACGUGGACCAUCGAGACUCAAGUCUCAGCUAAGCUUCACUAGUCACGACCCACUGGCUCGUAUCUCUGAGGUCAAUGAGACAUCUGUCCACUAUGGUUCAGGCCAUUCGUUUUCCGCGGCUAGCUUCGGUGCCGCCACUGAUUCUUGGGAUGACGGUUCCGGUUCAACAGGGUUUACUGUGACCCGACCCACUAAACGACCCAAGGACAUGAACUCAGGUCUCUUUUCACAGUAUAGUCUUCCUUCAGACACUUCAAUGAACUACAUGGAUAACUACAUGCAGCUUCCCGAAGAUUCUGUACCAUGCAAAGUUCGGGCCAAACGUGGCUUCGCCACCCACCCGAGAAGCAUCGCCGAGCGGGAGAGGAGAACGAGAAUUAGUGGGAGACUAAAGAAGCUACAAGAUCUUGUCCCCAACAUGGAUAAGCAAACAAGCUAUUCUGACAUGCUGGAUUUAGCGGUACAACAUAUCAAAGGCCUUCAACACCAACUUCAGGUCCCCUACAAAACUAUUAACCGGCUUAUUUGACGUUCAAAACAUUUCUUGUGUCCAUGACCUCGACAUUUACAUCAGUUUAGUAAACCGUCCGAGAAGCUCGAAGUCUACGGUUACAAAAGACAGUUUUGGCAGCAAUUUUUUGAACAAAACAAGUGAGAUCAUGUUCCCUAAAGGACAACGGUCAGCGUUGCGGUUAAGAAACGCAGCGACAAACGCGGCGUAUCUAAUUGGGUCUGUAUCCAAUCAUAUGAUGUAUUAUAAUAUAUUUUAGGUCUAGAUAUUUGAUCGAAGUUAGAAAAUUUUGGGUCUUUUUUAAGAUAGGACAAUACAAUUGUACCCUAUCUUUUAUGUAGCAAGUACAUAUACAGACGUGUAUAUAUAUAUAUAUACAUGCAAAGCC